AUGCCCAAGCAAAUUCUCGCUCGUAAGCUCAAGCUCCGAAUAAUAUACCAUAGAACAAUUGAUAGGAUGGCCGAAAUUAAUGACGAAGAGUUAAUAACAAAAUUUUGUAAUGUCACAAACGCGACUCAGAAAAUUGCAAUAGACUACUUGGCGGUGUCGGAUGGAAAUGUUGAACAGGCAAUUACUCUUUAUCUAGAAAGCGGUGGUGCUGAUCUUUCUGCUCUCGGAGCAGGAAGCAAUCGACAAGAAACUUCAACGGCUAUUGACGCAGUCGAUUUGACAAGCAAUGAUACUUUUGACAGUGAUGCAGAGUUAGCAAAACAGCUUGCUCAGGAAGAUUAUUCCGAAAUCCGAGCCCCUAUCGCGCCCAAACGCGACAUUCUUGUUAGAGGUGACCACGAUGACUUUAACAACCUUUUUGAAGACCGAUUUAUACCUGGUAUACCACGUACUCGGCGUACACGCGACGUUUAUAGAACAUUUGCCGGCGACAUUAGUCCUGGCGAUCCUAGCUCCAGUGAAGAAAAGACAGAUCGGUUGGCUAACUUAUUUAAGCCUCCUUUCGAAAUUAUGCACAAGGACAGCUUUGAGAGGACACGUACGAAAGCUCGGGAGGAAAACAAAUGGCUUAUGGUUGAUAUUCAGGAAAUAACAGAAUUUGCUUGUCAAGUACUCAAUCGUGAUUUAUGGAGUAAUCAAACCGUUCAAGAUGUGAUCAGACAACAUUUUUUAUUCUUGCAAUUUAAUGCAGAUACCCCCGAUGGACGUCAAUAUAUAAAUUUUUAUCCUAUUGAAAGCUACCCACAUAUAGCAAUAAUUGAUCCGUUAACAGGUGAAAGAUUGAAAGUAUGGAAUACUACGACGGUGGAACCUACUGAGUUUAUAAUGAAUGUUACCGAUUUUCUGGAGCGUUAUUCUUUAAAUGAUUAUUCAAAAAAUCCAUUGCCACAAAAAUCAAAAUCCGCUAAAUCGUACACGGAUAUGUCCGAGGAAGAACAAUUAAUGGCAGCUUUGAAUGAAUCACGUUUUUAUAAUAACAAAGUUGACCAAGAAUCUGAAGAAGAUGAAACAAUGGAAGUAGAACCUGAGUAUCCUGAAAAAGAAACAAAUAUCGUUAGUUCAACGUUUGAUUCAAUCCGUCCUGUUGAAAGAGUUGAAGCCGCCGGUCCAAGUACGACGGCGAUAAAAUUCCGUCUUCCAGACGGAAAGAACAUUAUGCGACGUUUUGAUAGAUCCGACCCUGUGCGAUACUUAUUCGAAUUCGUUAAGGUGUCGGUCCCUGAAGCACAAGAAAAGCCAUUUGAAUUGGUUUAUCAUAGAAAUAAUUUGAUUAAUCAAGUUGAACAAACUGUAGAUGAAGCAGAAUUAUCUAAUGCUGCUGUUAAUGUAGUAUUUGGAUAG